GGGGGGCUGGUCACGUGACUCGCUGCUCUCCACACGGUGACUGCAGCAGGAUCUGGAUCUGGAUCUGUGUGCGGGAUUUACGCUUCCAACUCGACCCUGAGCCCCUGCGCCGGUUCCUGAGGGCCUCUGCAGAUCCAGAUCAUGCCUCCACAGAAGAGGAAGCGUGAGCCGAGCUCCAGCUCACAACAGGCCAAACCUGGAGAAGUGUCGUGUGACUUCUGCUCUGACCCCAAACUGAAGGCCUCCAAGUCCUGCCUGGUGUGUCUGUCCUCCUUCUGUGAGAAGCACCUCCAGCCUCAUCUCACAGUCUCUGGGCUGAAAGGACACCAGCUGAUGGAGCCUGUGGAAGACCUGGAGGACAGGAUGUGUCCCACACACCGGCGCCCCCUGGAGCUCUUCUGUGGCACUGACCAGAGCUGCGUCUGUGCCGUGUGUGUCCUAGAGCACAAGAACCAUGAGUUAGUGUCUCUGGAGGAGGCGUGUGAGCGCAGGAGGUCCUCUCUGCUGCAGACUCAGGCUCAGAGCCAGCACAUGGUGGAGCAGAGGAGGCAGAAGAUCCAGGAGAUCCAGAGGCUCCUGGAGCUGAGUGAGACAGAGACAGACAGAGAGAGGGCUGCGGGGCUGCAGGUCUUCACUGCUCUCAUGCAGUCUGUUCAGAGGCGUCUGGACCUCUUCUUAGAGGAGCUCCAGGAGAAGGAGAGCAGAAACCACAGACGAGCCCAGGAUCUGCUGCAGCGGCUCGAGCAGGAGAUCUGUGAUCUGGAGAAGAGCAGCGCUGAAUGUCUCUCACGCUCUCAUGACCCCCUUCAGUUUCUACAGCGCUGCCCUAAACUCAGCGGACUGAAGGAGUGGAGCAGCGUGAGCUUUGAAGCAGAGACGUGUGAGGGCAGUGCAGCCCGCGCUCUGUCUGAGCUCCACAAGAGUCUCUCUGAGGAGUUUAAAGUUCAGUUCGAGGUGGAGCUCAGGAGAGUGCAGCAGAGUGCGGUGGAGGUGACUCUGGACCCGGACACGGCUCACCCUAAACUGGUUCUGUCUAAGGACUUAAAGCAGGUUCAUCACAGUGACCAGAAGAGGGCGCUACCGGAGAGCGGGCGGAGGUUCUCUCAGUGCUGCUGCGUGCUGGGCCGGCAGAAGUUCUCCUCGGGCAGGUUCUACUUCGAGGUCCAGGUGGAGGGGAAGAGCGAGUGGGACCUGGGCGUGGUCAGAGAGUCCAUCAACACUCAGGGGAAGAUCGCCCUCAAGCCAAAGAACGGCCAGUGGGUGGUGUGGCUGAGGAGCGGGCAGUACCAGGCUCUGGCCGGACGCCCCGUGGUCCUGUCUCCACGGCGACCUCCUCGGAAAGUGGGCGUGUUCGUGGACUACAGAGGGGGCGUGGUCUCCUUCUACGACGCGGAUUCGGCAGAUCUCCUGUACGCCUUCACCGACUGCAGCUUUGAGGAGAGUCUGCUGCCCUUCUUCAGUCCCUGCAACAACGACAGGGGCAGAAACUCCGCCCCCUUGGUCCUGUCGCCCGUCUGUAAACCCGAGUCAGUCAAGUCUGAGCCAGAGGAGCCGUGCACAAAACAGAACAACAAUCACAACGAUCAGACGAAGAACCAGACAGUUUAACUCUUUAAAGCUCCUUUAUUUUGCCAAACUGACUCUUGUGAGCUUUAAAUCAUGUUAUAAUGUUGUUUCCUCCUCAAAAACAGACCUGGAGUUGUGUUUUGUUUCAUUCAAAUCUUGAUUAACUCUUUAUUAUUAGUCUGUCUACAUCUCCAAGCUCCAAACAUCUCCUUUAAUCUUUAGUUCAAUCAGAAAUUCCAGGGCUGAAAUCAUCCAAAGUUUAAAACCUCCACUGUGGUUUUAAACUCCAUUUUCUAGUGUUGUAGGACUCGAGACUGGUCUUGGUCUUGAGACUGCCCUCAAGACCGUUUUUUUACGGUCUUGGUCUCGUCUCGGACUCGACCGCGUUUGGACUCGGUCUUGUCUCGGACAAGUGAUAAAAUGGAGAUAGAUUCAUAAAAACAUUGAUAUAUUUGAGCCAAAAUAACUGUACAAUACAAAUAAAUGUUGAAAAGUACGAAGAUGGUUUCGAUUUGGUCUUGAUGGGCCGUGGUCUCGACCUUGUCUCGAUUUUGGCCUUUAUAAGACUUGGUUUUGUCUCGGGCUCGACCCUCAGAGGUCUCGGUCUUGUCUCGGUCUUCGUCUCGAUCUUGUCUCGGUCUUGUCUCGAUCUCGUCUCGGUCCCGUCUCGGUCCCGUCUCGGUCUUGGCCUUUAAGAGGCUUGGUUUUGUCUCGGUCUCGACCCUCAGAGGUCUCGGUCUUGUCUCGGUCUUGGCCUUUAAAAGACUUGUUUUUUUCUUGGUCUCGAGCCUCCAGAGGUCUCGGUCUUGGCUUUUAAAAGACUUGGUUGUGUCUUGGUCUCGACCCUCAGAGGUCUCGGUCUCGUCUCGUCUCGUCUCGGUCUCGGUCUUGUCUCGGUCUUGGACUUUAAAAGACUUGUUUUUUUCUCUGUCUCGAGCCUCCAGAGGUCUUGAUCUUGUCUCGAUCUUGUCUCGAUCUUGUCUCGAUCUUGUCUCGAUCUUGUCUCGGUCUUGUCUCGGUCUUGUCUCGGUUUUGCCCUUUAAAAGACUUGUUUUUGUCUUGGUCUCGAGCCUCAGAGGUCUUGGUCCCGGGACCUUGUGGUCUCGGACAGGUCUUGGUCUUGACUAGUGAUUUCAGGAUUUGUGUUAAACGUGCGAAUGAAACAAAAACAAAACUCUGUGUGUUUGAUGAGGAAACAAGAUUAAAACAUAGAACAGAAAAUAGAGCAACACGGGCCUUUUAAAGAUUUAAAGACCAAAUUGUUUUACUUUCACGUGUUCAGGAUUCAGCCUUUACAAACAUUUAUCAGUAUUUUGCCUUUGUUCAAUCGAAACCACAACAUUGAUCUAAAAGAGCUUCACAACAGAAACUGGAUCAUUAACUUCCUUCAGCAAAUUUCUCAUCUAACUUUUAUUGUUAUUGUUGAAAAAGGUGAUUUUUUAUUUUUUUUUUACUUACAUAUUUGACCUGAGUGUGAAUUUUUCGUUGCCUGAACUAAACUAAACUGAGCAGUGGCAGAGAUGAGGGGAAGGUGAAAACUGACAUUUUCUUGAGCGCUUUAGUCUCAAAUAGUGCAGGUAUCAUUAAGAAGUUGCCGAUACGAUACACAUCUCGAUACACAGACCACGAUACGAUACGCUUUUCGAUACGGUGAGCAUUAAUUCAGUACGAUUCGAUACGGUUCAGUGUAAAAAAGGCAAAAUCGUGGCUCUAAAAGUCCACUACAAGUUUAUGCGAAGUGAAAUGUGAAAAAAAAAACAAUUUUAUCCAAAACAGUGAAAAUGUCAACACAACUGUAGCUCUUACACAAAUUAAUUUAGCAAAAAAAUACUCUUGAUGGAUAUAUCGAUACAGCAGCCCAAGAUAUCGAUACUGUAUCAGCACAUUAAACAAUACGAUAUAUCGAUAUGUUGAUAUUUUUGCACAUCCCUUAAGGGUCCGUUCACACCAAAGCGUCAAAAAACGCCUUGACGCCUUUUCAUUUGAGUUUAGACGCCCCCGACGCUCGUCUUUGACGCCGUGGACGAACGGGAGAAAAAUACUUGACGCGCGUCCGUUGCCCUGGAAACAAGAGCCCGUCCUGGUCUUUUCCCGAAACAAUGUCAGACCAGACUGAGAGACUUUAGUGUUUUUAUGACAUAAAACAUCAGUGGAGGAGAUCGGGUCGACGACUGGGGCGUGUUUAUAUUUAUACUCCACUAAUGACACUGGAUCAGUCCCGGUCUAGUCCUGGUCUAAUCACGGUCUAGUCUCGGUCUAGUUCUUGUUUAGUCCCGGUCUAGUCCUGGUUUGGUCCCGGUCUAGUCUCGGGCUAGUCUCGAUCUACUCCCGGUCCAGUCCUUGCUUAGUCCUGGUCCGGUCCUGGUUUAGUCCUGGUGUAGUCCUUGUUUAGUCCCGGU